UAUCAAACUUCACCAUCAACACCACUUGCGUGUCGCUCGGCUUGGUUGUGAGGCAAUACAUCCACUAGGGGGCAGUGCAAAGUUUGGCGUUGAUUUUCCGGGCAGACGUUAAUCUAUCAGACAAUAACAAACAAGUUGACAUCGAUGAGGUGGUGAUAGUGUUCCCUAACAGAGACAAAGAGCAGCGGUGGUGGUCUGUUAGGACACUAAGUACAGAGCAGUACGUGGACGGAGAAUUCUUCUCCCUAGUUCCGCUCUUUAUUUACUGUUUUGUCGAUGUAUUUUUGUUGUUCAUUGAACGAUACUGCGCAACACCGCCCCAACGUUUUCUAGUGGUACUGCUCUAUUUCAUGCGCUGUAGCCACCCGUAAACUCUCUGAGAUGAUACCACAUCAAACACAUAACAAACGCGAAGGACAGAUAAAAAGCUUCAAAAGUUCCUGGCUGGUUUUCUUUUUUUUUUUUCUUUUUUUUUUUAACAGAUUCUCAAAAAGUAAAUAGUAUCAGGUGUUUUUCGUUUUCUUCCCUGUAGCUUUUCUUUCCUUUUUUUCUUCUUCAGUUUUCUCUACCAAAGGUCAUGUUUCCUACAACGGCAGACAUUUUGUAGGAGAGUUAAAAUCAGUUUAAAUAGUGAAAAUAAUGAGAGUGAGCGAAGCUGAAACAGGAGAAGGUGAAGUCAUUAAAUGACAGUAAUGACAGUGGACAUGUGAAAACAGUGGACCCAGGUUAGAUCCUGCUCUUUCUUCACGUAAAAAAAAAUCCCUUUUUCCUAAUCAGACUAAUGGAGCAGAAAGAAGCUGGGAGCUAAAGAAAGACAAGAAGGAUGAAUGGAAAGGUGGAGGAGGUGGGCCGCAGGGGUUGACUCAGGAAGUGCUGGAAUUAAAAUAAAGACACUGGAUCAAGUUGAAAGCAACUAUGAACAGAAGACGUUCAUAGCUGAGGACAGAGUGAGAGAAGCUGCUGUUUCCUGACGUGAAGUUCUGUUUGUUUCACUGCAACAAACAGCAUCAACCUCGGCAGCUGUGGGUUAGUAACAGCUGGUGAUGAAGAUGACGAUGAUGCAGAGGAACAACUUAUGGGGGCGUUUCCUGCUGCCCUGUUGCUUCCUGCUCUGUUUCUGCCUGUCAGUGUCAUCAGUGAACCUGCGACGCUUCACUGGCUGUGCAGUCAGGGAAUUCACUUUCAUAGCCAAAAAAACAGGCUGCAAAGGUCUGUACAUCACCACUGACGCCUGCUGGGGGCGCUGCGAGACUUGGGAGAAACCUCUGGUUGAUCCUCCGUACAUUGAGUCUCAUCAUAGAGUCUGUACCUACAACGAGUCUCGACUGAUCACGGUCAAACUGCCAAACUGCAGGAACCACGUGGACCCCAGCUACACCUACCCUGAGGCUCUGAGGUGUCAGUGCGGACUGUGUGAGACCAGCACCACGGAGUGUCUGACCUUUUUCUGAACCUGCAGAAACUGAAACUUUGGUUAAACCGUUAGAAGAAAUAUGUUAGCAUUUGGGGUUUUUUUAAACUGUUGUUAAACAUCAGAAAUAUAAUCUACACACACAUUUAUAAACUGAAAACCGAGUGGGGGUUAUCUAGUUUUCACUGAAACAGAUUUGGCUUACGUUGUGUAUUCUCACGUUUCUAGGGUGAUAAGAAAUUUAAAAAUAAAAAAUAAAAAAAUUCAAGUAGUUGAAGAAAAUCCACCCUGUUGAGAAGAAAAGAUGGAGUUGAAAUCUUAGAACUAUGAAAAAGUUCAGCUUCUGCUGAAGUGAACCCACAGAACACUGUCCUCAUGUCAAAACUACACCAAACCACUGCUGUCUGUGGAAACAGUCUGUGAUUGGUAGCUAAUCAUUUUGACCUUUGAAUGUCAACUGCACUUUUUUUUAAUUAUACCAAAACCACAUUAACUAAUUAUUUUCACAUCACUUCUGAGUUUUGAGCCCCUAAACCUUUCUUUCUCAGCCUGUUUUUAAACAUGUGACUGCUCUAACUGAGUGUGUAAUAAUUAGGCCUUCAGAGAAUAAUCAGUGCAGGAUGGAGGUUAAUGAAGGAGCUGCUGGUUAGCGCUUCAGUAGGUGACCACAGGUCUGCUGCUCAGGUAUAGCGGCACAUGUGCAUGUGGGUGUGAUUGGUUUCUAUUAACUGAAGUUAUAAUGACUCCUAAGAAAAUCAGUAUGGAUUAUUAUCUAACGAAAAGUUUGGAUCAGUGACGCUGAAUACUUUGUCAGUAUCGUCAGUCCUCUGGCCGUUUUUUGCUUGGUUUUAUCUAAAAACUGAGCUCAAAUUGACCAAAGGUUCGUUCAAAAGGAGACAUGAGUCAAAUGUUAAUUGAAAAAUGUGAAGAUGAAAGUUAAAUGGCACAACCAAAAAUUAAACAUUAGGCAGAAUUUUAUCCAAAUUACACACUGAACCAAAUUUAGUCAAUUAUUUAAAAAAACAAAAACAAAAUAUAAAUCAUAAUAAUCUCCUACGGCCACAAUGGCAGUCAGCCAAAAAUGAUUAAAUAAUUUAAAUAAAAUCUUGCCA